CAUCUCCUCUUCCUCCUCCUCUUCCUCCUCCUCUUCCUCGCUCUUAUCAGACAGUCAAGGACAGUCGAGAAGAAGAAUGGUGUUUAGAAACUCGAGAACCGUCGCCGUUGCUCGUGGCGCGCAGAGGUUCGCGCGACGAUGGACGAGCAGUUCGCGCGCAAAAUCGACGUCCCCCGCCUCGGCUACUUCCCCGUCAGGCACAACCCCUCCCCCUCCUCCUCCACCCAAACAACGACCAGCUUUGCUCUACGCAGGCGUCUCUGCGCUUGCAACCGCAGGAAUUGCCACUUAUGUAUUCAAAUCAAAAGUCUCCGACGCAGCGCCGAUGACGGCCUCGUUCAGCGACCUCGCGACGUUCCUGACCUCCUCCGCGAUCCCGACCUCGCUUCUCUCGCGGCCGCGGUACGCGAGCGCGAAAGAGACCGCGCAGGCAAUUGCGGAGAUCUCGGCCGUGAUUGGAGAGGCAAACGUCACGUCCUCGCCGGGGGAAAUUGAAUCGCACUCGACAAACCCGGCGUGCACGCACCAUCCCCCCGGCGAAGACCAGCAUCCUGCCGCGAUCGUGCUGCCGGGCUCGACCGAGGACGUGUCUGCGAUCCUCAAGAUCUGUAAUCGCUACUCGGUCCCCGUGGUGCCGUACUCGGCCGGCACCUCGCUCGAGGGACAUAUUUACUCUGUGCGGCCGGGCGGGAUCUGCAUCGACUUUCGACGGAUGAACGCGAUCCUUGCCGUGCACGAAGACGAUCUCGACGUCGUCGUGCAAGCCGGCGUGCCGUACGCGGAAAUCAACUCUGCGCUCGCGCCGCUCGGUCUCGUGCUGGGCUCUGACUGCGCGCCGUCGGCGCAGAUCGGGGGGAUGGUAGCCACGAACGCGUCGGGGAUCAACGCGGUCAGUUACGGCGCGAUGAAAGAAAACACGAUCGCGCUCACGGCCGUGCUCGCGGACGGAACGGUGAUCAAGACGCGUCAGCGGCCGCGCAAGUCGAGCGCGGGGUAUAACCUCACCGGCCUGCUCGUCGGCAGCGAGGGCACGCUUGCGGUCGUGACGGAGGCGACGCUCAAGAUCCACGUGAAGCCAAAGGUUGAGAAAGUUAUUGUUGCGCAGUUCAAGACUACGCGGGACACGACCGACGCGGUCGCGGAUAUCUUCCGCGCGGGGAUCAAGCCCGGUGCGCUCGAGUUGCUGGACGAUCGCAUGAUGAAGGCGCUCAAUCUCGCGCACAUGACGACGCGCGAGUGGCUUGAGACGCCGUCGCUUUUCAUCCGCGUCGGGGGCGUGAACGAGAAAGUACUGGGUGAGUACACGAAAGCGAUCAAGACUGCGUGUGAUGCGCACGCCUGUGCUGCGUUCGUGCCGGCGCGGAAUCAAGCUGAAGGAGAGGAACUGUUUCUUGCGCGCAAGAAUGCGCACUACGCGUGCUUGGACUACGGGUACGAGACGUUUGGCCCCGAGUGCCGGAUGUGGGGUACGGAUGUUGCGGUGCCGCUUUCGCGACUGAGUUAUGUGCUUGAGGAGACGCGCAAGGAUUUCGACGCGCACGGCAUUGUCUCGUGCGUGCUGGGCCACGUCGGCGACGGAAACUUCCACACAAAUAUCUACUUCCUAUCCGAUCAGGAGGCGCGCGUGCGGGAAAUCACGGACCGGAUGGUUAAGCGCGGGUUGGAGAACGAGGGGACCUGUACGGGCGAGCAUGGGGUCGGGAAUGGCAAGCGCGGGUAUCUCGAGCUGGAGCUGGGGCCGAGCACGGUCGAUGCGAUGAGAAAGUUGAAGAUGGCGUGGGAUCCAAAGAGGAUUUUGAAUCCGGAUAAGGUGUUUAAGAUUGAUCCUGAGGAUACCGGGUUUUGAGUAGAUCAA